AUGUGUUUUUAUGAACUGAAGAUGAAAACCAACUGCAGUCUCUUAUCUUGCAGUAUACAGAGUAUGAGCUUCUGUCAUGUCCUGCCCUUCUUCUUUGCCAUUCAUGAGAUCAACCAGAAUCCAAAGCUGCUACCCAACAUCACCCUGGGCUACAGCAUCUAUGAGAACUUUUUCAAUGCAAGGAUAACAUAUGAGGUCAUGAUGGACUUGCUGUCUACAGGGCAAGAGAAUGUCCCAAACUUCAGUUGUGGAAGACAAAAUAAUCUUCUGGCUGUGCUUGAAGAGACUGAUUCGGAGCUCUUUACUUCCAUUUCAACUAUGCUAGGCAUCUACAAAAUUCCACAAAUCAACUAUGGGGUCAUCAGCCACAUUCCAGAGCAGAAACAUCAUUUCCCUUUUUUCUACCAAGUGAGUCCAAAACAAGAACCUCCUCACUUGGCAAUUAUCAAGUUGCUCCUGCAUUUCCGAUGGACAUGGAUCGGCCUCGUUGCUCCGGACAAUGAAAGUGGAGAACGGUUCAGAAGAACUUUUGUGCCAGAAGCUGUAAGGAAAGGUGUCUGUGUUGCCUUUUCAGAAAUCUUACCCAUGGUUAUUAGAGAAGGGAGGGAAAAGGACAUCCUUGAAUAUUUUAGCGACACUAAAGUGAAAAGUAUUGUUUGUCAGUUGGACUCUCAGUCCUCAUUAAUACUAGCAGUGGUAAUACGAGACAUUGAAAAGAGAAAAAUCCUGUUUGAGGAAAAAGUAUGGAUUGCUACAGCUUUGUCAGAUUUAAAUGAAAGUUUGGAAAGGCAGCAUUUUUGUGUUCUUAUUCAAGCCCUUUGUUGUCUAAGAAAGUUUGGAAGAGAUGCCUGGAAAAAGAGACUUGGGAAAUCCCAUCCCCGGAUCUUGUUGGAAGAAUCCUGUCUGAGGAUGGCUCCAGCAACAGAGUUCUAUGAGACAUACAGAAGUUUUCUUGAAGAGAAAACACAAGAACCACAAGGGGAUAGGGAAGAUGAAAUACAGAGAAAGUUAGUAACAGAAGAGACACCCAUACAAAGAGAAGAAGAAGAAGAAAAAAAAGAAAACACAGAUCAAGAAAGAGAGUGUAUGGAAAGUUGCCUCCCAGGAUAUACCAAGCUGACAAGAGAGGGAGAACCAUUUUGCUGCUAUGACUGUUCUCCAUGUAUUGAAGGAACUAUCUCUGUGCAGGAAGAUGUAGCCCAAUGUGCAAAAUGUCCAGAUGACCAUUUCUCCAACGAGAAGCGGGAUCAGUGUGUUGCCAAAGUUAUAACUUUCCUGUCAUACAGAGAAAACUUAGGUCUCAUCCUGGGUGUCUCUACCCUUUUUUUGUCUCUUACCACUGCCUUAGUUCUAGGAAUUUUUAUUAAAUAUCGAGAAACUCCCAUAGUCAAAGCUAACAACCGUGAUCUCACCUAUAUUCUCCUGAUCUUUCUCUUGCUUUCCUUCUUGACUUCCCUUCUAUUCAUUGGUCAACCCAAGAAAGUGACAUGCCUUCUUCGACAAACUGCCUUCAGUAUUGUUUUCUCAGUUGCUGUGUCAUCCUUGCUGGCUAAGACUAUCAUGGUGGUGAUGGCAUUUCUGGCCACAAAGCCAGGAAGCAAAAUGAGGAAAUGGCUGGGGAAAUCUUUGGCCAAUUUCAUCAUCUUCUCCUGCUCUGGUGUUCAGGUGGGCAUCUGUUUCAUAUGGCUGGGAAUCUUUCCCCCAUUCCCAGAUUCUGACUUAUAUUCCCAAAAAGGGCAGAUCCUACUGCAAUGCAAUGAAGGUUCAGUCAUCAUGUUCUAUUCUGCCCUUGGCUACUUGGGCUUUCUGGCUUCCAUCUGUUUCUUGGUGGCUUUUCUAGCCCGGAAACUACCAGGUGGCUUCAACGAAGCCAAGUGGAUCACCUUCAGCAUGCUGCUCUUCUGCAGUGUUUGGGUUUCUUUUGUCCCCACCUACCUGAGCACCAAAGGAAAAUACAUGGUGGCUGUGCAGAUCUUCUCCAUCCUGACCUCCAGCCUCGGCUUACUUGGCUGCAUCUUUGUCCCCAAAUGUUAUAUCAUCAUUCUGAGACCUGACAUGAACGCGAAGGAGCAUCUAAUGUUGAAAAACAAUGAGUGA